GUCAGGGACGUAUGUCAUAUGUCAAAGUUAUUUUAGGAGACCCGUUUACUCUUCCUGAAAACUGUAAGAGUGAUGAAGAGGGAACACUGCGCCAGGAACAGCCGCAGUCCCGACAAGUCGCUGCGCACCGACUCGGAGUUUGGAUUCCAGAGGAAAGUUUCAAAGAUCGCAUCAAUCAGAGCUCCUCUGUCGUCUUUAACCGCGCAGUUUACACGGACAGCGGCGUUUAUGUGUUAGCAUGCGGCGGUCGGGUGGUGCACAUCCAGGUGGAGGUUGUCGUGUCCUCUGACGCAUCCGCGAAAGAAGGAGAAGCGGUCAGCCUCCCGUGCUACUUUUCAACUACAGCCGGCACCUGCUGGUCUGUGAGCUGGGCUAAAGACGGGGAGGUUGUGCUUCACUGGCAUUCCUGCGAUGUUAAAAGUAACUGGGCUGCUGAUGAUCGACUGUCUCUAUCAGCUGACUGGCUCUCACACGGAGACCUGUCUUUAAACCUGCAGCAGACUCGGAAAAAUGAUGAGGCAAAUUAUUUUUGCUUCAUCCAAAAAGAAGGCAGAGAGAAACAGAAGGGGAAUCCAGCUGCUGUGAAGCUGAAGGUCCAUGAGAGAAGCCCGGAUCAGAUCACCCUCACUCCUCCUCCGCCGCCCGCGUCUCCUGCACAGAAAACCCGUGAAGCGGUGGGACUCGGAACUCCUGCCGCUGUCAGCAUUACAGCCGUGGUGUGUUUGAUUAUCGGCGGUGUGGUGGGAGGGCUCCUGAAAUCGUACUACCACAGAUGUGCGUCAGGUCGACACAGUGAGGGACGAUCCGGACCCAGACACGAACAUGUGAAUGGAGCGUUGGCGCUUCUCAGUCCUCCUCAGCACGUGAAUGGCUGCCCAUCAAAUACCACUCACGCAGCCUCCCCUGUCUAAAGACUUUUAGGUUUUAAAAGUGCCACUUUUCCCCAGCAAUGCAGUUUUUUUGAAUGCGCUUCAGCUUAUUAACAGGAACGCCCCGUCUCUAAAAGAAAACAUUAACAAAUCAAUUGU